AUGACCGUGACCAUGAGCUCAAGCAGACGCUCCGGUCUCGCGGCUUCCCUGUUCUCCGGGCUCGCCAUCGCCGACUGGCAGUUCAAGUCGCGCACCGACCUGGCAGUUCCCCGCCUCAACAUCACCAUCCCGGCCACCGAGGAGGCCGAGAGCGGGUACAUCUUCGUCGCCCCGUUGGCAGGCUACCAGGACACCCCCACGGAGCAGCACGGCGCGCGCCAGGCCAGCCCCUACAUCUUCCGGGACGACGGCGACCUUAUCUGGAGUGGCUACGGCUACUACAGCAUCUGGCCGACCAACUUCCAGGCUGGCCGCUGGGACGGCAAGGACAUACUCUACAGCAGGCCCACAUGGUUGUUGGCGCACGUCUCAGAGGCUGUCCUCCCCAUCAACCCCGGCCAGGCUGGAUCGGGCUACAACAGCUCGGACGCAUGGGACUAUCUCCACAUCAACAGCGUGGACAAGGACCGGGCCGGCGACUACCUCGUCUCCGCCCGCGACGCCUGCGCCGUGCACAAGAUCGACGGCACGGACGGCAGCAUAAUCUGGCGUCUCGACGGAAAAGCCAGCGACUUCUCCGUGCCCGACGACACGAAGUUCUGCUUCCAGCACGACGCCCGCUUCCUCGAGCAGCACGACGACGUCGAGGUCAUGAGCCUGUACGACAACAGCGCUCAUGGGACGGAGCACGGGUCGGGCUCCGAGGUGCACACGGCGCCGACGAGCAGCGGCAAGAUCAUCAAGGUCAACACCACGUCAUGGGAGGCCGAGCUCGUCCGGGGCUUCUACCCGCCCGAGAACGAUCUGCUGUCCAAGUCGCAAGGGUCCACGCGCGUGCUCCCCAACGGCAACGGCUCCGAGGGUGCCGUGACGGAGUAUACGGCCGACGGAACCGCGGUAUUCCACGCUUACAUGGACUCGGGUGACCUCGGUGUCGGCGUCGAGAACUGCCGUGGCUUCCGGCACAACUGGACUGGCAUUCCCAAUGAGGAGCCUGCCAUCGUGGCCCUCGAGGCCGAGGUGCUUCCGGCAUCUGGGCAGGCCGAGAGGAUCGUCGUCGUCGAGGACGCUACGGGUACUCGGAAGCACGAUGGCAGCAACUGGGACGAACACGCCAUCCUCAAGCCCGUGCGUAUCCAGGAGUCUCCGGAGCUCUGGAUGCUGCAACGACGAGAACCUGACUAUAGGGCAGUGGUCAAUGCGCCCAGAUGA